AUGGCUGCGCGCAGUGAUGACCAUGCUGAGCCGCGUCAAACCUUAUUCAUUCGAAAUUUACCGUUUAGUGUGACGGAACAGAGGCUGGAGGAAGUUUUCAGUGAGAUAGGGCCCGUCAAACGGUGUAUUCUUGUUAAGGAUAAAGAGACUGGACGAGGAAAAGGUUAUGGCUUUGUUGUGUACUCAAUGCUCGAGGAUGCUGUGGAAGCCAAAAGUAAAAUCAAGAAGGUGGAUGGAAGGAAUGUUUUUGUCCUUUAUUCAAAGAAAAAGAAAUACAAGAGGAAAAGCCCCAAAGAAGACAGAUAUGUCUCUUUGAAGUCUAAACCAAAGGAAAUACCUGAAAAUGCUAACGCUGAUGCUCAGAGUACCAAGUACAUGCGAGCUAAACAAGUGGUUGUGACUGGCUUCUCAGGCAAGCUGGACUCAACCACCCUGGAGCAAGCUACACAAAAUGUGAAAAACAUUGCCAAAGUUAGAUACCCGGUCAAAGGUCGCUCUGACACCACUGUCAUCCUGACCUUCAAAUGUGUGCGUGAUUCAAAGAGGGCUGUGAGAAGGUUAAAUGGAAGAGACUUUAGAGGCCAGACACUGCAGGCUUGGCAGCACUCAUCAGAGUUUGUAAAGGAACCAGUGAAAAGUGAAAACACUGCAGAGAAGAGUAGUUUUAAGCUGCAGAAACAGUGUCGAUUAAUCAUACGCAAUUUGUCCUUCAAGUGUACAGAGGAAGACCUAAGAAACAGUUUUCAGGAAUUUGGUGAAAUAUCUGAGGUGAUCAUUCCAAUGAGGAGUGAUGGCAAACAGCAUGGGUUUGGCUUUGUCCAGUACAACGACCUGAAAUCAGCAGAAAAAGCACUGAAGACGAUGAAUAUGAAACAAAUAAAAGGGCGGCCUGUGGCAGUAGAUUGGGCAGUGCCUAAAGGAGAAUUUAUGAAAGCAACAGCAAAAACUACUAAGACGGACUCAGUAUCUAGUCCUGAUGAAGGUGCUGUCAGUGGGGUGGCUGGUGAGGAAUCCUCCAGCGAGGAAGAGGAAGAAGAGGAUCAGGCUAGAGAGAAUAAACAGAAGGAAGGAGAUGAAAGCGAUGACCUGUCUGAGGAGGAUGAAGGGUUUAGCAGCAAAGAGGAUUCAGAGGAGAGCGAGGAAGAAAAGGAGGAUGACAGUGAAUCCGAUGCAGAUGAUGAGUCCGAUGACCAAAGCGAAUCUGAGAGCGACGAUAGUCUUCAUAAGAAGAAAAAAAGUAAAGAAAACCAGAUAAAGAAGCAAAAACCAAAUGAAUUGAAAGAGGGCAGGACGUUGUUUAUAAGGAAUAUUAACUUUGACUCUGUUGAGGAAGAACUGGAAGAACUGUUGGAGGAGUUUGGAGAGAUUGAUUACUGUAAAUUUGUGAUGAAUCACUUCACAGAAAAACCAAAAGGAACGGCUUUUGUACAAUUUGCCACAGAAGAAAGUGCCCAGGAGUGUUUACAGAAGGCUAAUGAUGAGUCAGCGCGAGGAGGUAUUGUACUGGACGGCAGGAAGCUGAAUGUCAUCUUAGCCGUGUCCAGACAAGAUGCCGCCAGAUUGAAACAGGAGAAUCAGACCAAGGAGAAAGACGACAAGAGGAAUUUGUACUUGGCCAGAGAAGGCUUAAUUCGACCAGGCACACUAGCUGCUGAAGGCUUAUCAAAAGGCGAUCUGGACAUGAGAUUAAAGGUAGAAAAUGUUAAAAGGCAGAAGUUGAAAAAACCCAACAUUUUUAUUUCAACCACAAGGCUGUGUAUACGAAACAUUCCCGUGAAAACCACGGAUAAGGAACUGAAGAAGAUUUUCCAACAAGCUGCCGGUGACAGGAAGGCUCAAGUUACUGAGUGUCGUAUCAUGAAGGACAUGACCCAGGUGAAUGCCAAGGGAGAGGGCAAGUCUCGCGGAUAUGGGUUUGUGGAGUUCACAGAGCAUCAUCACGCCCUGGAGGCACUCAGGAAGACCAACAACAACCCAGAGAUAUUUGGGGAAAAAAAGAGACCAGUAGUAGAGUUCUCCCUGGAGAAUAAGACAGCCCUAGAGGCCAAGAGGAAACGGUGGGAGAGAAUCAAGGCUAAACGAGAAGCGUUAGCAAAAAACCCAUUGUCGAAACAAAAGAGCGAUUCAAAACAAGGAAGGACAACUGAGAAGAAAGGUAAAUCAGAAAAUACGGUAGCGAAACAGACUGAUGCAUCUGGGUUGGUCAAGGGGAAAAGCACUGUGACAAAAGGAGCGAAGAGACCUAAGGUGUUGCCUUCUCACUCUGGACCAAAGAUACGGCAGAGGGAUCAAGGGAAACAACCAGGGAAAAAGGCAAACAAAAACCGACCGAGUAGAAAGGAAGCCAGAGGCCAGAGUGGCCAGAAGAGGAAAUCAUCUGUGGAGGGUAUGGAGCCGAAGAAGAAGAAAUACAAGGCAAAUCGAAGGGAGAAGACAGAUGACUUUGAUGCCAUGGUUACCAAGUAUCGUAACAAAAUUUUGGCGUCAUCCAAAAAGACUGGAAUGAAGUGGUUUGCUGAUUGAAUUUGAUCGAUUUGAUAGUGCCAGAUGGCAGUCAAAGUCCUUGUCAAAGGAUGCUAAGUCCUUGCAAAACAGCAGACAAAUUGUCAAGCAGAUUUUCAUUAUUUUGUUUUAAAUGUCACUUUGGUUUGUCUACAACUGCCCAUAUUCACAAAGGUAGAGACAGGAGAGCUUACUGAUGUUCACUGAGUGUUCCAAUGCUAUUUCCAAUUUUGAACAGGACCCCUGUUGUUAUGGAGUUAAUUUAUGAAUGCAUGAAUUUGUAUUUGACUUGGCAGUUUCAGAGAAAACUUUCGCAGAACGUCUUAAAUCAAGUGUUUGCAUCUUUCCUUGUAAAUUUUCUCACAUUAUGGCCUUAAAACAAUAAGACAGCCUGAAACAUACAGGAUUUGCCAUAUAUUUACAAAUUUAAAGUAAGGUUUGUAAAACGUGUGGGGCAGAUAAGGCGGGGGUCAUUUGGUUGUCGUGGCUUAGUGAGUUGGGUGGGGGAUAGUGGGAGGUAACAUCUGGUAGUCGUUCUAGUCUGUGCACACCUGUAUUAUACCUGCGAUAAGGACUGCUUAAAUGAGUGUCUAUCAUUUAUAAAACCACUCAAGUCACCUGCUGAGUAAGACUAUGGAUUAAAAAAAAAUAAUAAAAAAAAAACAUCUUUUGCCUAUGAAGACAGCACUCAAAACGGGCUGACCGUAAGAAUGCAGGAAUGCCAGAAACAGCCUGUACAUGUGCAAGUUUAUAAUGAUGUGUUGAAGUGUUACAAAGUUGAAGAUAGAAUUUGCAUUAGUAUGAGGUAGGUAUUAACAAGUGAAUAAAAUUAAGAGGAGGACAUAAAGGUAAUAAAAUCAUCAGUUGUCACAAAAUUGUCAGAAUUAUGUAUGACUCAGUAUAUAGUACUGUAUAAUUAUCAUUUUUCAAGUGACACUAUUUCCUGAUUUUCAUUUUGAAUGAUUAUAUGUAUGUAUAUGUAUUACAUGUAAAAUCAUGGGUUUAAUACAAUCAU